UCAGUCUUUCAUAUUUGCCAACUUCAGUGAGCAAACCAUUGAAGUCUACUAUCUGUAUAAGUAGGGAAAAUGGAAGUACUUGUGUUCAGGGAAUACAAGACAACUGCAAGGUGACAAAGAUUCCUCAGUUCUGCAAUAUGAGCUGUAUUUAAAGUGGAUCAUUUGGUUCUUGCCAUUCAGAUUACAGGCAUGUGGUAAGAUUUGUCCUUGGUUACUGAAGACAUCCAAACCUGCGUGGUGAUGGCUUCCAGAUUUCAGCACGCCAUGAUUCUUCACAUUAUACUUUUCCUUCAGAUAGUUCAUUUGAUCAAAGGCCAGUUAAGGAUUAUACCCUCUUAUGAACCUGUGCUUGGAGUUGUCGGAAAAGAAGUUGUCCUGCCCUGUCAGCUAGAAGCUAAGGCAAUCUCUGAAGGAGUACUUGUUCAGUGGACAUUAAUUGGAAAUUCCCUAAACACUGAAGUGACUACCUAUGAUGGAAAAAAUGCACAAAAUCCAGUAAAGGAGAAUAAGGCAUACCUCGGCCGUACAAAUUUCUUUCAGAGUGAAAUUAAUAAGGGGAACUUAUCCCUUCAACUGAAAAAUGUCGUGGUCUCUGAUAAAGGAAAGUACAUUUGCAGUGUCUCUUUAGAGAACUGGUACGAUGAAGUGGUGGUUGACCUGGAUGUGGCAGCUCAAGGUAAUGAGUCUGCAGUUCAUCUGGAUGGUUAUGUGGAUCAGGGCAUUGGCCUCACCUGCAAGUCACACGGAUGGUUUCCACAGCCUGAGGUAAUUUGGCUGGACAGCAAAGGACAGAUACGGAAGGAGAAAGUGGUCACACAAAACCUGCAGACUUCUUCGGGCCUUUUUGAUGUUGUCAGUUCCAUGACCCUAGAACCAGGAUCGGACAUGGAAGUCUCCUGCAGAAUAGUCAAUGAUGUCCUCAACACAGCAUGUGAAUCCCGAAUCCUGGUUUUAGAUGUCUUCUUUCCAUCCACUUCACCUUGGAUGACCGCCUUCCUUGUAAUUACAUUUUGCACUAUGGCUGUUAUUGCUGCUAUAGGCUAUAAGCUGAAGAUUAAUUAUACGAGAAGACAAAAAGAAACGACGGACGAGCUCAAAAAGGAAAAAGAGGAUUUGGAGAAAGACUUAGAUGCACAUGAGAAGAUAAUCACUGCAGGACACUCUGACAAAAAACGUAUACUUGACAGAAUAGAACCUCAAUUGGAUUUCUGGAGAGCUCGGGACAAAGCAGUCCCCAUUACUGUGAAUCCUGAAUGCCAGCUCCUCGAGAUCCAAGUGCCGGGGGCUCCAGAUGUUGAAGACAACGCAUGUAAACCUGCUGGCCUGAGCAGCCCUUCCACAGUCCCUGUCCUGUUGGCAAAGGAAGGGUUUGCAUCUGGGAAACACUACUGGGAAGUGGAGGUGGGCCAGCAGCAGGACUGGGUGCUGGGUGUCAUGAGACACAAAGGGAAACAAGAGGAACAGGGGACACUUGCUAGAGGCGACUUCUGGGCUCUGCAGAAAUCCAGGGGAAAGGUUUUCUCUAUCAAAGGAAACAACAGGCCUGAGAAGAAGGAAAUGAAUGAUGCAGUGAUUGGUGUGCUUCUCAAUUUGGAGGAAGCAAAAAUCUACUUUUAUGGUGCAGUACAGAGGAGCAUCGUGGUGAAUAUUCCUAUAUGCCUUGGAAAAGAAUCCGGAGAAAUGCUUUACCCCUUUGUAUCAAAAGGGGAAGGGGGAUUCAAUCCCGUUUGCCAUCAAAAUAUUCCUGUUCCAUUAAACGUUUCAUAAAAAGCAAGAAAAAAGACAGUCCAGUCAAAGGUAGAAGGGAAAAAUUACGAACAAACAUCAGCAUAAUAUAGUACUAAAUGAGAAAGAAAGAUGUUGAUGACUAAGGCAGAAAAUUCUAGAGAGGAAAAACAAACCAGCUAAUGUAAAUAAGGUUAGGGUCAUAUUCAGAAAACCCUGGUUAGCUGAUUGAGUUCUUGUUAUUGAGUAAGAAAGUCUCAAGUGUACAAAACAUAUUCAGUUCCCUGAAGAGACAGUUGUAAUUUAAGGGUACUAUGUAACCUGUUUUUUUACCACUUUGCUGUGGGAGGAGUAGCAUCAUUGCUUGUUUUUGUGUCAUAACUCCAACUGAAGG